GAAAAGCAAGAAAUCUCAGUCAUUUGAAACAGUGACAGCUGAAGAAAGCUCAAACCGUUCAAGCUUUCUCAAAACCCUAACCCUAGAGAGAGAAAGAGACACAGAGAGAGAAGGAAGAUGAUGGGAAGCGGAGAGAACGAAGGCUUAGGUCGGAUGAAUAUGAUCUCAUCUUUGCCGCUGCAAGUGCAACCAUCCACCAGCGAGAUGCAAUCGACGAGCGUUUCACUCAAGAAGGACGAUAGAGUUCCUCAGUGGAGCCAUCAAGAGACGAAAGAUUUCAUCGCGAUCAGAGCCGAAUUAGAGAGGGAUUUCACUGUUACGAAGCGAAACAAGACGCUGUGGGAGAGCGUUGCAGUAAAGAUGAAGAAGAGAGGCUACAGAAGAAGCCCUGAUCAGUGCAAGUGCAAGUGGAAGAAUCUCGUUAAUCGAUACAAGGGGAAAGAGACAUCUGAUCCAGAGAAUGGACGGCAAUGUCCGUUCUUUGAGGAGCUACAUGCGGUUUUCAUUGAAAGGGAGAAGAAUAUGCAGAGAUUAUUGUUGGAAUCAGAGGUUGGGAAUGUGCAGGCGAAGAAAAAGGUGAAGAAGCUGAGUGGGGGAGAUCGAUCUUCUGAUGAUUUCUCAGAGGAUGAUGAAGAGGAUGAAGAUGAAAGCGAAGAAGAGCGACUCACGAGGAGUGGAAACCGCCGGAAGAGGAAAGCUGAUAAGGAGAAGCAUCAGCAGCAGCCGAGGACGGAGAGAUCAGUGAGGAUUAAUGGUGGGAGCAUUCAGGAGAUGUUGCAAGAAUUCUUUAAUCAGCAGCAGAGGAUGGAGAUGCAGUGGAGGGAGACAAUGGAGAGGAGGGCUCAAGAGAGGAGGUUGUUAGAGCAAGAGUGGAGGAAUUCUAUGGAGAAGCUUGAGAGAGAGAGGUUGAUGAUGGAGCAGGCUUGGAGAGAGAGGGAGGAACAGAGGAGGAUGAGGGAAGAGAGAAGAGUAGAGGAGAAAGAUGCCCUUUUAACCUCUCUGUUGAACAAGCUUCUUAAUGAAAAUCUCUGAGAGAUUAGAGAGAGGGUCAGUCAGAAAGUUCUGCUUCAGCUUUGGUACUGUAAUUGUAUGAAU